UAAUGGCAACAUGAAUAAAAAAAACAAACACUAAUAAGAGAGAAAGGAUAGCCAUGGCGAUUUGCAGGUUGAGAUCUCUGCUUUCUCUUUGGAAAUGCAACUCUCUGUUAGUCUCUUCUUCAUCUCAAUCCUUCCAAAUUCGCACUUUCUCUUCGUCCCUUGUUCCCACUCAUCACUUGCAGAGUGUUGGAUUCAUUGGGCUUGGAAAUAUGGGAUCCCGAAUGGCAAAUAAUCUGAUUAAAGCUGGAUUCAGACUUACAGUUCAUGACCUAAACUCUGACGUUCUGAAGAAGUUCUCUGAGAUGGGAGUUCCCACAAAGAAAACACCUUAUGAAGUUUCAGAAGCAAGUGAUGUUGUAAUUACAAUGUUACCUUCCUCUGCCCAUGUGAUUGAUGUUUACACUGGACCAAAUGGUUUGCUUCAUGGUGGAAAACUCAUAAGGCCAUGGUUAUUGAUAGAUUCGUCCACUAUUGAUCCACAAACUUCGGGAAACCUUUCUGCUACAAUAUCUAAUUAUAUUCUAAAAGAAAAGAAAGGUGAUUGGGAAACGCCUGUCAAGUUGGAUGCUCCUGUAUCUGGAAGUGUGAUUGCGGCAGAAGCUGGGACACUUACUUUUAUGGUUGGUGGCUGUGAGGAAGCAUUUCUUGCUGCAAAAUCCUUAUUCUUUUCAAUGGGUAAAAGUACAAUAUAUUGUGGUGGAGCAGGAAGUGGUUCUGCAGCAAAAAUCUGCAAUAAUUUGGCUAUGGCUGUGAGCAUGCUGGGAGUAUCAGAAGCCCUUGCUUUGGGCCAAUCUCUUGGUGUUACUGCCAGCACCUUGACAAAAAUAUUUAACUGCUCCAGUGCUCGCUGUUGGAGUAGUGAUGCUUACAACCCAGUUCCUGGGCUGAUGGAAGGGGUGCCCUCUUCAAGGGAUUAUGAUGGAGGGUUUGCAUCCAAGCUUAUGGCUAAAGACUUGAACCUAGCCGCAGAAUCAGCUAAGCUAGCUGGAUGUAAAUACCCGCUAACAUCGCAAGCACAAAAGAUAUAUACUGAGCUCUGCAGCGGUGGCCAUGAAGCCAGAGACUUUUCAUGUGCUUUUCGUCAUUACUACUCUGGAAUGGAUGAACCUUUUAACAAGUAAAUUAAGACGCCAAUAUAUAUAGCAAGACAAUGAUCCUGUACAUAGAAUAAUUACUUUCCUGUAUGGCAAGACGAUCAAUCGGGCGCCAUUAUGUUGCAAAAACUUUAAUCUUAAUUUUGUUUUCAAUUACAAG